AUGCCACCGUUUCUAUCCCGUGAUCCCUUGGCUGGCCGUACGUUACACGUGUUACCCGUGCUGCCUGCGCUGUCUGUCGCGCUGCCUGCAAUUUCGCAUAGUUUUUGCCCGCGAUGCCCGAAAUGCGUGGCAGCGGCGGUGCUGCAGGAGUGCGCGGCGGCGUGGAAGACGUCCUUCAGCAGCUGGACGGCUGGCGGGGUGUGCGUGCUCCCUGAUAAGAUCGAGUGCGAUGCAGAGGGGCAGAUCACCAGCCUGAACUUCGCAGGCUUGCAUCUGAACGGCACCAUCCCCACCAGCAUCGCCACCCUCACCGCGCUCACUAACUUGUGCGUGCCACAGUGCCACCCCUCUCUCCUGCAUGGGGUGUUGCAGUGCAUGGGGUGUUGCAGUGCAUGGGGUGUUGCAGUGCAUGGGGUGUUGCAGUGCAUGGGGUGUUGCAGUGCAUGGGGUGUUGCAGUGCAUGGGGUGUUGCAGUGCAUGGGGUGUUGCAGUGCAUGGGGUGUUGCAGUGCAUGGGGUGCUGCAGUGCAUGGGGUGUUGCAGUGCAUGGGGUGCUGCAGUGCAUGGGGUGUUGCAGUGCAUGGGGUGUUGCAGUGCAUGGGGUGUUGCAGUGCAUGGGGUGUUGCAGUGCACGGGGUGUUGCAGUGCAUGGGGUGUUGCAGUGCAUGGGGUGUUGCAGCGCAUGGGGUGUUGCAGUGCAUGGGGUGUUGCAGUGCAUGGGGUGUUGCAGUGCAUGGGGUAUUGCAGUGCAUGGGGUGUUGCUGUGCAUGGGGUGUUGCAGUGCAUGGGGUGUUGCAGUGCAUGGGGUGUUGCAGUGUAUGGGGUGUUGCAGUGCAUGGGGUGUUGCAGCGCAUGGGGUGUUGCAGUGCAUGGGGUGUUGCAGUGCAUGGGGUGCUGCAGUGCAUGGGGUAUUGCAGUGCAUGGGGUGUUGCAGUGCAUGGGGUGUUGCAGUGCAUGGGGUGUUGCAGUGCAUGGGGUGUUGCAAACACUAGCCGAUACCAACGUUUCAGGAACCAUCCCCUCCACCAUCUCCGGCCUCUCCUCCCUCACCUCCUUGUCAGCGCCCUCCCUCCCUCCCUCCCUCCCUCCCUCCCUCCCUCCCUCCCUCCCUCCCUCCCUCCCUCCCUCCCUCCCUCCCUCCCUCCCUCCCUCUCUCCCGUCCCUAACGAGACUGUUCCGCCCAUCCACUUCCCUCCAUGCCUACCAUCCCUCGUGUCUACCUUCCCUCGUGUCUACCUUCCCUCGUGUCUACCUUCCCUCGUGUCUACCUUCCCUCGUGUCUACCUUCCCUCGUGUCUACCAUCCCUCGUGUCUACCUUCCCUCGUGUCUACCUUCCCUCGUGUCUACCUUCCCUCGUGUCUACCUUCCCUCGUGUCUACCAUCCCUCCUGUCUACCUUCCCUCGUGUCUACCUUCCCUCGUGUCUACCUUCCCUCGUGUCUACCUUCCCUCGUGUCUACCUUCCCUCCUGUCUACCUUCCCUCCUGUCUACCUUCCCUCGUGUCUACCUUCCCUCGUGUCUACCUUCCCUCGUGUCUACCUUCCCUCCUGUCUACCUUCCCUCGUGUCUACCUUCCCUCGGUGCCAUGCCAUCAUGACUCAUCCUCACCCCACCUACUGGUCCCAUCUCCUUGUCUCCGUGUGUCGCGCAACCCACGGCCACCCUGUCCCAUCGCCCCGGCUGCCCUGUCCCAGGGACGUGGCCAACACCAACGUGUCGGGCUCGCUGCCCGCCUCCCUUGGUGCUCUCCCCAACCUCACUCUAAUAUCCUCUCCUGUAGGGGUGACAUGCAGCACAGCUGGCAGCAGCUGUGAGAUUCAGCAGAACACCACCUCCUUCUUCUGCAAGAUUCUCUGCCUUGACUUCUGUGCCUCGUGCAUCCCACUCAACGGUGAGCACAUCGCUUCUCUUGUGCCCCACGCAUUGCUGCUCAGCAUCGCUUCUCUUGCGCCCCACGCAUUGCUGCUCGCACAGCCCACUGCUGUCGCUCACCAACAUCUCGCCAUCAAGUUCUCUACUCGAUCUCCCUCCUCCUCUCACCCCGCUCUCCCUUCCCUCGUCUCGUCCCCCUCAGCAUCCCGUGUGUUCAGCCGAUCCCGCUGUCCACAGCUCCCCACGUCCCUCCUGGCACAGGCAACGGGUGGGUGGAGUGACGCUACCAGGGUGGAGAAGCAGGGGUGGGGCAGCAGCAGCAGCGGUGGGGGGCAGAGGUACAAGGCAGUGAGUCCUGUGGAUGCACGCCAGGUGUGGUUCGUUGUGAGGCGCGGCAACGAGGAGCUUUCAGCAAGCUUCCAGAUAGAGGUGGCCAUGCUGUGGGCCAUCCGCCAUACCAACCUGCAGCGACUGCUGGGGUAUUGCUGGGAGAAGCGUGGCACUUCAUUUGACCAUCACUCGCCUGCUGCUGCUGCUGCUGCUGCCGAUACUGCAAAGAGUGCGAGUGAUGAUGCUGCUGCUGCUGCCAGUCAUGCAGAGGAGCAAGCAGAGGAGCAGGUGCUGGUGUUUGAGUGGGUGCCAGGAGGCAAUCUGCACACCCGCCUCCAUGCAG